CACGAAACGCGGCACACUGGUGAGACUGUUUAAAGCGGUGAAGCAUUUCAGGAUGGAUCUCAGAGACUAGGAACAGAGGGACACGCUGUCUGAACUGUCUGAACACCCCAGACCAUGCGCCCCAGACAGAAGGCUUGAUACAUCGACACAUACAGACAGCCGCAGACUGAGAGACUUGGAAGGAUUUACUGAAACGGCGGCAAACUCUUAUUUAAGUUUUUUUACAGCACAUGUGAUUUAGUUUUUUCCUCUAAAAAACGGUGGAGAUGUUGCAUCCGCGUAAAGUUUUAAUCAUCUUAUUGCUGGUGGUCGCGGAAUGCGGAGCGAUAUCGCAGAUGGGGGCUCAGGUCGGCGACUGCCCGUCCCGCUGUCACUGCGAGGAGGACGGCAUGCUUCAACGUGUCGACUGCUCGGAUCUCGGGCUCACGGAAAUUCCAGCCAACCUUAGCGUCUUUACUUCUUAUCUUGAUCUGAGUAUGAACAACCUGACCCUGUUGUUCUCCGGUGCCCUCUCCAACCUUCACUUCCUUGAGGAGCUACGUCUAGCAGGCAACGAUUUGACGCACAUUCCCAAAGGAGCGUUCUACGGCCUCUUCAAUCUCAAAGUCCUGAUGCUUCAGAACAACCAGCUACGACGGGUUCCAGGAGAAGCCCUUCAGAACCUCAGGAACCUCCAGUCUCUGGUGAUGGAGCUGCCCUAUGCCUUCCAGUGUUGUGCCUUCGUCUCCUGUGAGAAACACUCCUCUCCCUGGGACAGAGACAAUAACAACAACGGGAAGGACGACUUCGGGAGGAGGGAGGGCAUCUUGUCUAACCAAGAAGACCACGAGGACUUUCUGCUGGACUUCGAUGAUGAGCCCAAAUCCCACCACAGUGUCCAGUGUUCCCCUUCACCCGGUCCGUUCCGUCCUUGCCACCACCUGUUUGGCAGCUGGUUGAUCCGUGUUGGUGUGUGGGUCAUUGCUACUCUCUCCCUGGUCUGCAACACACUGGUGAUGGUCUCCAUCUUUCUCUCCCCGUCCUUCCUGUCCCCUGUGAAGCUGCUGAUUGGCCUGCUGGCUCUGGUAAACAGUCUGAUGGGGCUGUGGUCUGCCACGCUGGCCACCGUCGAUGCCUUGACCUUCGGCAGCUUCGGCCGCUACGGGGCGCGCUGGGAGAGCAGCACGGGCUGCAAACUGACCGGCUUCGUCUCCAUCUUCGCGUCUGAGACCAGUAUCUUCUUACUGACUGUGGCCGCUCUGGAGAGGGGGCUGUCCAUACGGAGAGGCAAGGCCGCCGAGGGGAAGACUUCGACAGGCACGCUGAGGCUGGUGGCCGCCUUGUGUUUCCUUCUGGGCCUGGCUAUCACCGUGCUCCCCCUGCUGGGGGACUAUGGUGUCUCCUCCAUCUGUCUCCCCAUGCCCUACGAAGAGCCCUCCUCUCUGGGCUUCAUGGUGGCUCUAGUCCUAGUCAACUCCCUAUGUUAUCUGAUCAUGACCGUCACAUACGCCCGCCUCUACUGCAGCCUGGAGAAAGGAGAGCCGGACAACCUGUGGGACUGUUCCAUGAUCCGUCACGUGGCCUGGCUGCUGUUCACCAACUGUCUCCUCUACUUCCCCGUAGCCUUCCUCUCCUUCUCCUCCCUGCUGAAACUGCCCUCAGUAGGGCCUGAGGUGGUGAAGUCAGUGCUCCUAGUGGUGGUUCCUCUCCCAGCCUGCCUCAACCCUCUACUCUACGUCCUCUUCAACCCUCACUUCAGAGAGGACCUGGGCCUGCUCCACAGAAGGACUCGCGGCGCCCUGCACCUCAGCAGACCCCGCCGACUCAGCCUCGUCUCGCUCAACUCGGAGGACGCCGAGAAACAGUCAUGUGACUCCACGCAGGCCCUGGUCACCUUCGGGGUGUCAGAGGAAGAAGAGGAGUCAAGGGGGGCGGGGCAGCAACCCAGCGCCGAGGCACACCACCCCCCGGUUGCCUUCAUCCCCUGUCGCUAGGCAGACUAGCGUUGUGGCUUCACUGUUUUUACCCCCAGGGCUGCAGGGCUCUGGGUUCUACCCCCAGUACCCCAUGCCCUAUAUCAACCCCCUACACACAGACAGAGACUGUGUUAGAGCAGUACAUGUAGCCAGAGAGGAAGGAUGAAGAAACAAGGCCACUGCCACACGGACAGGAACAGGACACAAAAUGGCCGCCAUGGCCCUCCUCUGAAUCAGAACUCUAAUCUAGAGCUAGAUAGACUCCCAUUGUCCUGGUAUUCUUAUCUCUCUGUCUGUCUGUACAGUACCAGCUAUGUGUAAACCCUGGCCCGGCAGCUAGAUGCCGGACAGAAGCAGAACUGGUUAUGUUAUGAACACAGCUAUGAUCACCAUUACGAUCAUCAUAUGUACACCAACACAGUGGCCCUUUUAAUGAAGGUACUUGACUCUAUAAUAUGUAGGCCAGGACGAGGAGGAGGAGGAAGAGGAAAUUCCACACUGCAUCGCUUUGCUUUCAUUUUUAUUUCCGUUAGAUCCCUAAGAUAAAACACCUCAUUUGAGUUUAACAUCCUCUCUGACAGUUAUAUAAUUGAAAGCUGAGUUUUGUGAGAACAAUUUGUAAGGUGUGUGUGUGUGUGUGUGUGUGUGUGUGUGUGUGUGUGUGUGUGUGUGUGUGUGUGUGUGUGUGUGUGUGUGUGUGUGUGUGUGUGUGUGUGUGUGUGCGUGCAUGUCUGUGUGCGUGCAUGCGUGCUUGUGUGUGUGUGUGUGUGCGUGCGUGCUUGUGUGUCUGUGUGUGUGCGUGCGUGCGUGCGGGUUGGGUCUUGUUGUCUAUCGCUCCUUGGUGUUAAAAGUGUGGUGACCGUGUGAGACGCCAUGUCACAACAUUCUCCUUCAGCAACAACGGCACCAAUUACAUUUGGUCACGUGUGUGUGUGUGUGUGUGUGUGUGUGUGUGUGUGUGUGUGUGUGUGUGUGUGUGUGUGUGUGUGUGUGUGUGUGUGUGUGUGUGUGUGUGUGUGUGUGUGUGUGUGUGUGGUUGCACUUACGUGCCCGUUCAUUUGUGUACAUUUACUGUGACAAUCUGUUCUCCUUUGUAGAAUAUGCCAGUUUGUUUUUAAAGUAAGGUUCGGUGUGUAUUCAUAUUUGACACUAAUAUUUAGUUGUAAAAGUUUUUCCCCCUAUUUCCGUACCUCUAUUUUCCCAGUCCACCUCUCUGUCUUCAGUGCCUUGUUGAUCUCAAGAUACUGCUGUAGCUCGCAGAGAAAAAAACAAGUCAUUUCUAAUCGCUAUCCAUGGUCAAAAUGUAUAUUUAGUGAGUUGGUGCUUUUAGACUGUUUUAUCGAUGCACCAUUACAGCCCGUUUAGACUGAUCACAACACAGUAUAUUACAUCUUCAGUUGUGUUUAGCAUUUAACUACGUCAAUCACCAGCAUGCAUGACUCUCCUCCAUUACCUAGUGACUAGAGCACGUACCGGGGGAGGAGGGGAGAGAGAGGAGAGAAAGAGAGGGAGAGAGAGGAGAGAAAGCAAGGGAGAGGGAGAGAGAGAAAGAGGAGGAGAGGAGAGGAGAUGAGGAGAGAAAGAGAGGGAGAGCGAGAAGAGAGAGAGAUAGGAGAGGAGAUGAGGGGAGAGAGAGGAGAUGAGGGGAGAUUAAGCGAGGGAGAGAGAGAGGAAGAGGAGGGGAGAGAAAGAGAGGGAGAGCGAGAGGAGAGAAAGAGAGAGGAGAUGAGGGGAGAGAGAGGAGGGUAGGGGAGAGAGAGAGGAGAGGAGAUUAGGGGAGAGAGAGGAGAGGAGGGGAGAGAAAGCGAGGGAGAGGGAGAAAGAGAGGAGGAGAGGAGAUGAGGGGAGAGAGAGGAGAGGAGGGGAGAGAAAGCAAGGGAGAAGGAGAGAGAGAGAGGAGGAGAUGAGGGGAGAGAGAGGAGAGGAGGGGAGAGAAAGCGAGGGAGAGAGAGAGAGAUGAGAAAGGGAGGGAGAGAGAGGAGAGGAGGGGAGAGAAAGCGAGGGAGAGAGAUAGAGAGAGGAGAGGAGAUGAGGGGAGAGAGAGGAGAGGAGGGGAGAGAAAGUGAGGGAGAGAUGAGGGGAGAGAGAGGAGAGAGAAAGCGAGGGAGAGAGAGGAGGAUUCUUAUUCAUGUGUUUUAGAGGGCAGAAUGAAAACCUGUGGUAAUGAUGUGUAUUGCUCCCCCACUGCGCUGGGACAGGACAGAGACGUCUUGUGUUCUGCCUCUUUGUUCUUUGGCCAGGCUUAGCGGCAGCAUAGCAGCAGCAGGGUGUUAACCUGGAUAGAGGUAUCAAGUCACCGCCUUCCAGGACUGAACCCUUUCCAAGGAGCUGGAUCGCUCGUGAAAUGAAAUAUCACCCGGGACGAGGGUCAGGUCAGAGCGUCCAGCGUUCUGGUUCACCCCUCUCCUUCGUUCCUCUUUCUGUUGUCUUCUUCUUCUUACUUCCUCUGCUUUUUGGUAGACGCAACCGACUACUAAUGCCAAACAUCAGCGGCCUCUCCAGACAAAUACUUGGAUCUGAGGUUAGCAAGGUUUAAAAGCCCUCUGAGGCGAUUCCUGAGGUAUCUUCAGAGCUCAGCUCCAGGCUGUCGACCUCUCUUUUCCUCAUCCCGUCUUUCUUCUCUCCAGGAGAAUGACCUCAUGUCUGGUCCACCGUCCAGCUCUUUUUCCUCUCUUCAUCCUCUCUCCCUCUCCUCAUCCUCUCUCCCUCUCCUCAUCCUCUCUCCCUCUCCUCAUCCUCUCUCCCUCUCCUCAUCCUCUCUCUCCCUCUCCUCAUCCUCUCUCCCUCUCCUCAUCCUCUCUCCCUCUCCUCAUCCUCUCUCUCCCUCUCCUCAUCCUCUCUCCCUCUCCUCAUCCUCUCUCCCUCUCCUCAUCCUCUCUCUCCCUCUCCUCAUCCUCUCUCCCUCUCCUCAUCCUCUCUCCCUCUCCUCAUCCUCUCUCCCUCUCCUCAUCCUCUCUCCCUCUCCUCCUCUCCUGCCUUGCCGGUCACAGGUCAUAUCUACCUUUAUAUCAGAGCAGGAGAACACCUCAGAGCUCUCCAGCACUUAGAACUAGGGAAAUGUAGCAACCUCGUGAAACAACCGCAAAGUCUUGACAGGCACCUCCUUUGUCCUUGUGUGGAUGAAUUAAGGAUGUAGAUGUCAUUACUUAUAAAGCAAAUUGCUCUUGGAAACCUAAAAAUGUAAUCAACCGUCUUUGCCAUUCUUCAAUGUUCCUGAAAACUCUGCUGCUCAUGGUCUGUGAAAAACCUUGCUGUCUGUGAGUUAGUUUUCUGCCCCUCUGCUUUGUCUGUCUGUCUGUCUGUCUGUCUGUCUGUCUGUCUGUCUGUCUGUCUGUCUGUGAGUUAGUUUUCUACCCCUCUUCUGUCUCUGUCUGUCUGUCUGUCUGUCUGUCUGUCUGUCUGUCUGUCUCUCUCUCACAACACAUCUCUCUCUCUCUCUCAACACAACACAAACUCACUGUAAUGAACCUGCCUGUGGCCAUUCCUCCAGGUGACAUGCUGAAGACAGAGAGCAUAGAAAGAGAGACAUCCUUGUCUCGGGGUCUUUCCCAGGUGUGUGACAUGGUUAAAAAGAGAGGUGGAUAGGCUGAAUCUGGGUCGUGUUCAUUAGGGCACACCGAAGCAAAACUUUAUUUUUAAACGCUCUGCAACAGAGGUGGAUGGGCUGAAUCUGGGUUGUGUUCAUUAGGCCACAAAGUAGCCAAAUGUUUCUGUUACAAACUACCAGAUACUGGGGUAGCUGUAUGAAUCCACUGUCAAAUGUGACACAUCGUCUUUCUUUUCUUCUUCUUGUUUUUUCUCUCUCUCCAUCGUUACCCAGAUUCAGAAUUUGGAGGCAAAAGCUUUUUUUGUAUUAUCUUGAGCUCUUAAAAUACCAGAAUUGUAUAAAAAAAUAUAGAUGAGUAUUUAUACCAAAAGUAUAUUAUGUAAAGUAAAGGGUCCCUGAGGAGGAGGUCUGAUGGAGGCCUGGCGCAUGCUCUGCAGAUAGGUAUUUAGCCAGGUUUAGCUAGUCUAGCGUCCCGUUGGUUAGCCAGGUUUAGCUAGCCUAGCGUCCCGUUGGUUAGCCAGGUUUAGCUAGCCUAGCGUCCCGUUGGUUAGCCAGGUUUAGCUAGUCUAGCGUCCCGUUGGUUAGCCAGGUUUAGCUAGCCUAGCGUCCUGUUGGUUAGCCAGGUUUAGCUAGUCUAGCGUCCCGUUGGUUAGCCAGGUUUAGCUAGCCUAGCGUCCCGUUGGUUAGCCAGGUUUAGCUAGCCUAGCGUCCUGUUGGUUAGCCAGGUUUAGCUAGUCUAGCGUCCCGUUGGCUAGCCAGGUUUAGCUAGCCUAGCGUCCCGUUGGCUAGCCAGGUUUAGCUAGCCUAGUGUCCUGUUGGUUAGCCAGGUUUAGCUAGCCUAGCGUCCUGUUGGCUAGAGGCUGUGUGUACAUUACAUUCAUAGGGCCAGUGAAUAGAAUGCAUAUUUUGUUUUUAUAUCAGAGUGUUAAAUCUGUCUAAUAUGUAAUAAACAACUUUACCAAAUGAGCGUAA